CACAACUUCUCCAUUAAAGCUCCCCCGUUAUAAAAUCAUCCAACCAUUCUCUCCCCUGUGCGAUUGAGCUAAAGAAAAAAAAAAAGAAGAGCGUUAUGGCGAUGAGAAUCCGCAACUUAGCUUCCCGGCGAACGAUGAUGAUGAAUAGUAGUCCGAUCUCCGGUUUGAGAAGUAUGUCGUCUUCAUGGUGGAAGAACGUGGAGCCAGCUCCCAAAGAUCCAAUCCUCGGAGUUACCGAGGCUUUUCUCGCUGAUCCUAGUCCCGACAAAGUUAACGUUGGUGUGGGAGCAUAUCGUGAUGAUAAUGGGAAGCCUGUUGUCUUGGAUUGUGUCAGAGAAGCUGAGCGAAGGAUUGCUGGGACCUCCUUCAUGGAGUACCUUCCUAUGGGAGGGAGUGUGAAAAUGGUGGAGGAGACAUUGAAACUUGCCUAUGGGGACAACUCUGAAUUUGUCAAAGACAAAAGAAUCGCUGCAGUUCAGUCUCUCUCCGGAACCGGAGCUUGCCGACUGUUUGCUGACUUCCAGAAACGUUUCUGCCCCGGUUCACAGAUCUACAUUCCUGUCCCUACCUGGUCCAACCACCACAACAUCUGGAGAGAUGCACAAGUCCCUCAAAAGACUUACCAUUACUAUCAUCCAGAAACCAAGGGUUUAGAUUUCAAAGGAUUGAUGGAUGAUGUGAAGAAUGCUCCGGAAGGCUCCUUCUUCCUUCUCCAUGCUUGUGCUCAUAAUCCUACUGGAGUCGACCCUACAGAGGAACAAUGGAGAGAGAUCUCACAGCUAUUCAAGGCCAAAAAUCAUUUUGCAUUCUUCGAUAUGGCCUAUCAAGGUUUCGCUAGUGGUGAUCCAGCGAGGGAUGCCAAGUCCAUCAGGAUCUUUCUCGAGGAUGGUCACCAUAUUGGAAUCUCUCAGUCCUAUGCCAAAAACAUGGGACUCUACGGCCAGAGAGUCGGUUGUCUCAGCGUGCUCUGUGAAAAUGAAAAGCAAGCCGUGACUGUGAAAAGUCAGUUGCAGCAACUAGCUAGACCAAUGUACAGCAACCCACCUUUACAUGGAGCUCAGAUAGUCUCAACCAUUCUCGGAGACCCAGAGUUAAAGAGUCUGUGGCUAAAGGAAGUUAAGAUCAUGGCUGAUCGGAUAAUUGGCAUGAGAACUACUUUGAGAGAAAGCCUUGAGAAGUUAGGAUCGCCUCUAUCAUGGGAGCACGUUACCAAGCAGAUUGGAAUGUUCUGCUACAGUGGGCUAACACCAGAACAGGUUGACCGCUUAACAAGCGAAUAUCACAUCUAUAUGACCCGUAAUGGCCGUAUCAGUAUGGCUGGUGUUACAACAGGAAAUGUGGGAUAUCUUGCGAAUGCUAUACAUGAAGUCACCAAGUCAUCUUAAAGUCAUUUUUAUUUACUCAUCUCCAGCCAAACAUUGAUUUUUUCUCUUCUUGUCGACGAGUCAAUAAGACACGGGAAGCUUUUUCCUCAAUUGUUUUCGUGGGAACUGAAAGUUUACCCACAAACAGUAAACUUCUCAUCGCAUUUUUGUUCUUAGCUGUGCAAUAAAACAGAGAAUUAUGCUUGCAAUCGUGGAAGUAAUGUUGAAUCGAUUUCUUUAGGGUAAUAUAUGUUUUCUUCUCCAUUUGCU